AUGAAUUUAGAAUUAAUAAAAUCUUAUUUUCUUUACCUAGACAAGUUUGCAUGCCCAGUCCAACUGUUUAUUUAAAAAAAGAGGGGAUAUUAAACAUAUUUAGGUGCUUUUACAACUCUUGGAUGUGUUCUAUCAAUUCUAUUUUAUCUGACAAACAAACUCAGUCAAAUUGAUGAUAGAACUGAAUUUUAAACUCUAUAUUCGGACAUCUUUCAUUUAGAGCCACCUUAUUAUAAGCUAACAGAAGAAAACUUCACAUUAUAAUUUGCUUUUCAAUAUUAGAACAAAACAAAUUACAUUAAUGAAAGCAUAUACAUACCUGAAGCUUAUCUUGUAUAUAAAUAAAUAAUUGAGUAUUUAAUAUAGUGUUAUUAAAAGGAUUAAUGGAAAGAAGAAAGAAUAUAAUAAUAAAUCACUGAUCCCAAUCUCAAAAUGUUCAAAGAAUGGUAUAAUCCAAGAUGAAUUGGCAGAAUAAUUUGAUGAUUAAGAUCUUUCUAAUACUUAUUGUUUAGAUUGGAGUAAGGUUGAUAGUUUGGCAUUAUUUGGAACUGAUGAUGCUCCAGAAUAUUAAUAUAUUAAUGUGAGUUUUAGUGUUUGUUAGAAUGGUUCAAGUAAUUAUUUUAUAUAUUUAUAUAAAAGAACCUGGUGUUGUUUGUGCAGAUAGCGAGACAAUUCAAAGAGUUUUGAAUAGAAAUUACAUUCACUUUUAAUUGACAUCAUAUAUAGUUAAUUUGAGAGAUUUCACACAACCACUAAUACCAAAAGUAGAAGACAUUUAUACAACUAUAUCAGCCAAAGUCACCAAAGAUGUUGAAAUAUUCAUGUAACCUAUAACUACAAUAACCGAUUUUGGUUAUUUUUAAAAGGAACUUCGUAAGGAUACUACAAUCAGGUAUUUUUAUGAUAAAGAAAUUAUUGAUUUUAAUACUGAUACAUCAUUAGCAAAUGUUGUAAUUCGUUUAUCUGAUACUGAAUAAGUAAGUUAUAGAAUCUAUCCGAAAGUGUAAGAUGUUUUGGCUGCUGCAGGAGGAUUAUGGUAAAUCAUUAUUGCAGUAGCAUUAUUUCUCUAAAAACCUUUUAGUGAAUUAGCAUAUAGUAUUGAGAUUAUUAACAAACUUUUUAAUUUUGAAUAAGAACCAUCUAAAAAACAAUAAAAACAUGCUCCAUCUAAUGAAGAUAUUAAUGAACUAAAACCAACUAAAACACUUUUACCAACAUAAACUGAUAUUAAAACUAUUUAACAAACUGGACCUGAUUUAAAACCAAAAUCUAAAAUUAAAUAAGCAGUCUCUAAAAGAUUCCCAUAAGGUAGAUAAUAAUCUAUUAUUGGUUCUAAAUCUAGUGGUUUUAUAGAAAGAUUAACAUAAAAUGAAAGAAUUAAUGAAGCACGGUCUCUGUUUACUUUAGUAUCAUCUAAUAUAAAAAUAAAAUUUAAAGAAUAUGUUCAGUAUCUAACUUAUCGACCAAAAAAGAGAAAAAUGGAUUAGUUAGAUUAUUCUAUUAAGAAAUAUGAAUCAUUUUUAGAUAUUCUCUUUAUUAUAGAUAAAUUAUAAGAAAUUGAUAAACUUAAACUUAUUUUAUUCAACAAAGCUUAAAUGAAUUUAUUUGAAUAUUUACCAAAACCAACAAUUUAUUUAGAUCCAUUUAGUCCAGAAUAAGAAGAAUUUUAAUUUCAUUCUUCAAUACUCACUCCACAAAAAUCAUUUGAAGAAAAAGCAAAAUAAGCAUCAAUAGCUUUUGAAGAACUUCUAGUAGAUUUUGAAAAUAAUCCUAUUACAUAAAAAUUAAUAGCAUGUUUAGAUAAAGAAGUUGUUAAUGUUUUAAUAUCUGAAUAUGAAGAAAGGAAUAGAACUAGUAGAGCUAAAUAACAAUUUCUAUCUAUUAGUAAUUCAGUUGUCGCCAAAAUUAAAUAGGAUUAACAGUAAAGACAGUAUUAAUAUGAGCAAAUGACAAAGUAGGCUGAAUAAAAGAAGUAUUUUGAUGGAACUGUCUAGAAUAGUGUAAUAAAAGAAAAAUCAGAUUAUCGAGAAGGGUCUUAAGAGUCAAUUCAGUAUAGAUCUCAGAAAGAAUAAUGA